AUGAACGGUAAUUCCUGUUUUUGCCAAAUAACAUACGUUUCCUUUUCGGUCGAUGACAUCGGUAGACAUUCUAAGGCGUUGUACCAUCAAAUCGCGGCGGUUUCAUUCGCAUACCCAACGCAGACCCAACAGAAGCUCGAACCUCACUUAAAGUCGACGCUGUCGUUCGUCGAUGUUUCUAAAAUCCGUUUUUCCAACUCGCAAGAUUUUUCCAUACUUUUAUCUUCCAAUUAUUUUUUUAAAUUGGCAGAAUUUUCCAAAAACUUGUCUUCUAAUUUGGCUGUAUUUUCCACGAGCUUUCCUUCUAGGUUGGCAUAAUUUUCCACGAGCCUAUUUUCUAACUUGAUCGAAAGGUUUUGUAGCAUUAAACCUAUAUCCCCUGCACCGGUGAAAAUGACAUUAUCUGAGUCCUCGCCUUCUUCAAUCAGUGCUUUACAAAGCUGCUCCUGUAAUUUUGCUUUCUUUCCAGCCGUGUCGCACUCUCUUUCCUCCAGCUCUCUUUUUAAAUCGGCAAUUCUCGGCAUUCUUCCUUCACUAAUCUCCGAUUUAUUUUCACUUAAUGUCCAAUAAUCCACACCCCACACCUGACACCAAUGUAGCAUUUUUCUGGGUUCUUUUGGAUGUGGAUUAAAACACUGAAUUCCGCAAAAAUAAAUGCACUAAUUUAUUUAUUUUGACUAGAUAGAACAUUUAUGUACACCACUAUUUAUGU